CCGGUCCUGCUAAUCCGGAAGUGUCGGCUUCUAUCGAUAAUUGUCCGACAAAAGCUAAUGUUGCUAAUGUAUUAUCACUAUCUCUCUUAUUUUAUCUCUUUUUUUUCCCCACUGAAUAAUCAUAAUUUUAUACGAGUCCGUUUUAUAACGAAAACAGUGGAACACUUACGCCUGCCUUUUUUUUUCCCCCCCAGAGCUGAUGUGUAGCCUGGAGCCGUCUCCAAUACUAAAGAUUUUCUCAGGUUCAGUGAUUCGUCCAUGCUCAACACGUCAGAAGGACCCGUCGGUCCGCCAGAAGCGUCAAGUACGCAACGGCAGACCGUCGGCAUGGAGGCAGAGGAGCGCCGUCUGAUGGGCUCGCUGGCCCACGACGCCGCGACCCGGCGAGCGUCCAGCGGCGAGCUCCAGCUGCCCCGCGCCUUCCCCGUCACGCACUCCCGGGAGAAGUUUUACACCGUCUGCUCCGAUUUCGCGCUGCUCAACCGGGCGGUGAGGAAGCAGGACGACGGCGACGGUUCCGCCCGAGACUUCCGGCCGGGUCGGUCGGCGGGAGCCCGCCUGGUUUCCGACGCCGACUGCGAUAUGGAGGACCUGACGGUCGGCGGGGACGGCAAGACCACCCUGGCCUGGGAAAUCGACACCGCCGAUUUCAAGGCAGUGCUCACUCGCAAAAUUAGGACGGGCAGCGUGAAGAAGUGCACCAGCAAGAAGAUGAAGCCGGACCGAGCCAGCAGGAACCUUCAGGACGUCCCGCUUCGCCCUUCGCUGGAGGACGUCAAACAGAGGAAAGUCCUCGACCUCCGACGAUGGUACUGCAUCAGCCGGCCGCAGUACAAGACGUCGUGCGGAAUCUCGUCGCUGGUGUCCUGCUGGAACUUCCUGUACAGCACUCUGGGCGCAGGAAGUCUGCCCCCCAUCUCCCAGGAGGAGGCGCUGCACGUCCUGGGCUACCAGCCGCCCUUCGACGACAUCAAGUUCGGGCCCUUCACGGGUAACGCGACGCUCAUGCGAUGGUUCCGGCAAAUCAACGACCACUUCCGCGUGCGAGGCUGCUCGUACAUCUUGUACAAGCCGCACGGGAAACACAAGACGGCGGGAGAGACGGCGGAGGGCGCCUUGGCCAAGCUGACGCUAGGCCUGAGGGACGACUCCAUGGCCUACGUGUACCACUGCCAGAACCACUACUGCUGCCCCCUCGGUUUCGAGGCCACGCCCUUCAAAGCAGCCAAGGCCUACAGGGGCCCUCUGCCCACCAACGAGACGGAACACUGGAUCCUGAUCGGAGAACCCAGCAGGAAGCACGCGGCCAUCCACUGUAAAAAGUGGGUGGACAUCGUCACCGACCUCAACACUCAGAAUCCGGAGUACCUGGACAUCCGUCACACGGAGAAGGGCAUCCAGAGGCGCACCACGAAAAAGGUGGGCGGCAACCUGCACUGCAUCAUGGCCUUUCAGCGGGUCAACUGGCAAAAACUGGGCCCCUGGGCCCUCAACCUGGAGAACCUGCGCCACGCCGGCAGCGAGGCGGAGGAGACCGAGCGCCUCGCCCAGCUGGAACGCUCGCACAGCACGGGCAGCCAGAAGGACGCCCCCUGGAGGCACCUGCCCAACACCGCAGACAAACGACAGAAGAGCUCGCACGCCAGUGACAUCGACGAGGACGACUCCGACUGAACACGGUACCAAACGACACGAGAGUGAAGGAAAUGAUUGCGGGACGACGCCCGUGCGACGCGUGGGGACUAUUUCCACUGGCGGAUUAAUACACAUGCAGGAACUUCAUAUUAUUACACAUACCGCUGUUGUGACGUUUAUUCUCCAAAACAUGGCUUUACCAUUUUUCAUCUUUUGAUUCCGUAGCGUAUUACAUUUGAGAUUCACAUCCAUGUUCAGUUCUCAUUGAUAUUCACGAUUUCAAAAAAAAUAAUAGAAGAUUUUGGGGGAAGCUUCAUGUUUAGCGUUCCGUCUUCAAGUCUGCUUCUUCCGUCGGGUGGCGUCCCUUUAAGCGUCGUCUUAGCUCGCCGAUUUGUUCCGGACGAACGCGGCAGCAACCCCCUGAACGAUGAGAAAUGCUUUCAAGUUUUGCAUUUUCAAAUUUCAUCCUGGUGCUGUGGUGAGGGGGGAAAAAAAAAACAAAAAAAAAAACUUUCUUACGUAAUGACUUCAUGAAUUGAGUGUGUAAAUAAACUUCAACUCUUGUACAAUG